GUAUUAUACUCCCUAUAAUGAGGCUGCUGGAGAAUUUUCGAAAUGUGUGAAGUUUGAGAACGGGUUGCGUCCUGAGAUCAAGCAGGCUAUUGGAUAUCAGCGGAUCAGAGUGUUUUCUGACUUGGUUGACUGUUGCAGGAUUUUUGAACAGGAUUCCAAAGCCAGAGCAGAGAGCUAUCAACAGAGAAUUGAUAGGAAAGGCAAGAAUCAGAAUGAUCGUGGAAAACCGUAUGCAGCUGGCAAAGGUUUCCAGAAGCAGAGUGGGAUGAAGAGGCCUAGUGGGGGAGACUCUAGCGCCCCUGCUAAGUGUUAUAGAUGUGGUCGGGCUGGACAUCGUGUCCAUGAGUGUACCAGUGCUGAGAUGAAGUGUUUCAAGUGUGGAAAAGGUGGUCAUUUGGCUGCAGAGUGUCGGUUGAAGACUGUAACUUGUUUCAACUGUGGAGAGUUGGGUCAUAUCAGUCCACAGUGUCCUAAGCCGAAGAGAGAGAACCAGUCGGGAGGCAAGGUCUUUGCUUUAUCGGGUUCUGAGACUUCUGCAGAUGAUCGUUUGAUCCGAGGUAACGAGAAAUGAGUUGAGUAGAAGCGAAUGCUUGGAGUCUAGUGUAGUCUCCCUAGUGGGUCAUGCUCUGAUAGAUGUAACAUCGGGAGGG